AUGGUAGCAACAGGCCGCGGCUUGGUGGAUGAUCUGCCGCGGCCUCCACGCUCCCCGCUGCUGGCUGAAGCUCCAGGGAGGGAACGAGGCCCCGGGAACCCCCUCCACAAACGGACCUGCUGUUCUGUGCUCUCUGCACGGUUUCCUGGGAAGGUGGCACUGGCUGCCCUGGGUGGGAUCCUGGCCUGGUCCUCCUCAAACCGAGCCGAAGGAGGAGGGAGACGCCGGGAGAGCCGGAGACCCGCUGCAGGGGCUGGGUUUGCACAAGCCGCGCAUCAGCAUCUCAUCGCCCCCAUGGAUUUCUUCUGCCGGAAGCGAGCGCGCUCAGACUCGCCGCCCAGGGCAGUGGUGCCGGUCAAGAGGCAUGGCUCCUGCCCGGUGGCCCAGAGACCCCAGCCGGCCAGGCCGGAGAGCCGCCCGGAGCUUGGCCCCUUCUUGGCCAGCCUCUUCCGCCCCAGGAGUGCCCAGAAGGGCCUUUCCGCAGCUCGCAGGGGGCGGUCCCGGGAUCCAGGCUCAGCAGCGGAGGAGAGGGUCCCGCUUCUGGUGGACAACUCCGAAGCAGAGCUGGCAGCCCUCAAGAGCACGGGCCCAGAGGAGCAGGUGGAGGAGCCCCCUAGCUCUGCAGGGCCAACGGGCCCCGCUGGCCUGCUGGAAAUGAGGACAAAGCAGCCCACCCCAAUCCCCGGGAGGAAGGUCCUGCAUGGCUCCCUGGAAGAUCUCUCCAAAGCCACAGCUAUGCAGAUGCCAAGUCCGGAGCGCAGACUGUUCCGCCGACCACUGGGGAAAGGAGCAAAGGACACGGACAAGCGGAGGAGGGAAUCUAAAUAUGUGCAAACCCAGCCUCUCUACCAAGACUACUGGAUGAAGCGCCUCAAGGCAGUGGAGCGCAAGCCCAAGGACCCAUCUUUCCGGGUGGACGCCAGCCUAUCCAUCGCUGGCAUCCUCUCCUCCUCCCUGCUCGGCGCAGCGUCGCAGAUCUCUUCCCGCGACUACAGCUCCUGCUUCUGGCAGGAGAUCCCAGAGGUGAAGAGCGGGCGGCUCCUGGAGAGUCUCACACCCCAGCAGCACCACCUGCAGGAGGCCAUGUUUGAGAUGAUCACAUCGGAGGCCUCCUACCUGUGCAGCCUCUCGGUGGCCAUGAGCCACUUCAAGGGAUCGCUGGCGCUGCGGGAGACGCUGACCAGGGCCGAGGUGCACCGGCUCUUCUCCAACCUGCAGCAGGUGAAGGACAUCAGUGAAAGGUUUCUCCUGGAUCUCAAGGAGCACAUGGACAAGGACGUCUUCCUGGCGGGGCUGGGGACCGUGGUCCUGAAGCACUGCCCCGCCUUCCACAGGGUCUACAUUCCCUACGUCACCAACCAGAUGUACCAGGAACAGCUCAUGCAGCAGCUGAUACGGGAGAACUGGCGCUUCCGGCAGGUCCUGAGGAAGCUGGAGGAGCAGCCGGUGUGCCAGCGGCAGCCCCUGAAAUCCUUCCUGGUGCUGCCCUUCCAGAGGAUCACCCGCCUGAAGAUCCUGCUGGAGAACAUCCUGAAGCUGGCUCCGGCAGACUCCGAGCUGGCCAGUUCCACCAGCGCGGCCCUGGCGGCAGUGGGAGAGAUCGUGUCAGAGUGCAACGAGAACGUGCGACGGAUGAAGCAGACGGAGGAGCUGGUGCUGCUGGAGAAGCAAGUCGAGUUUGUAAAGACAAAGUCCAUCCCACUCAUCAGCCGGGGCCGCUGGCUGGUCAGGGCAGGGGAGUUCUCCCAGGUCCUCAUCCAGGAGGUGGGCGUGGGGUACAAACCCCGCCUGAGCACCAAGCCCAUCCACCUGCACCUCCUCAGCGACCUGCUGCUCUUGUCCCGCCGGAGGGACGAUGGCAGGUUUUCCGUCAAGGAUUAUGCCCAGACCUGCCAUGUGAGAGCAGAGUUCCUCAGAGCCAAGCCGCUGGGGCUCCCUGACCCAACCUUCCUCCUGUGCCUCUCCCGCAACCACCGUGGGGCCAGCACCGAGUUCAUCCUCAAAGCAGCCAGCGAGUGA